AUGCCUUCGAUCAAGGGUAAACGCGUGCUCGUCACUGGUGGAUCGCGCGGUGUCGGCGCCGAGAUUUGCAGGCAGGCCGCUGCCGAGGGCGCCAUCGUUGCGGUCAACUACGCGUCGUCAAAGGAGGCGGCCGAGAAGCUCGUCGCCUCGCUCGCUGGGUCUGGCCAUGUCAUUGUCCAAGGCGACGCAUUCACGCACGCGGGAUGCGACGGGAUCGUCGCCGACGCGCGCAAGGCGCUCGGCGGUAUCGACGCAAUCGUCAGCAACCAGGGCUGGACCAAGUUUGCCGACUGGAGGGAUCUCGAGUCGGUGGCGGACGACGAGUGGAUGAAGAUCUACAAUGCCAACGUCAUGAGCCACCUGUGGCUCAUCCAGGCCGCCAAGAAGGAUCUGGUGGCGAACAAGGGCUCGUUCAUCAUCACUGGCUCCAUUGCCGGUUCGCAGACCUCGGGAAGCAGUCUGGCAUACUCCGUCGCCAAGGCGGGAUGCCUGCACCUCACCCGCGGUCUCGCCAAGAGCUGUGCCCCCGACAUCCGCGUCAACUGCGUUGCUCCAGGCCUCAUGCUCACUGAGUGGGCUGCUGGAUUCUCCGAGGCCCAGAUUCAGGCCAGCAAGGACAUCACGCUGCUCGGCGGCACCAGUGAGGUGGAAGAUGUGGCCGGCGCCUUCAUCAUGCUCCUCCGCAACGGCUCGAUCACCGGUGAGAUUAUCGAGGUGUCCGCUGGCUAUGGUAAAAAGUAG